UAGCAAGUUCGACGUACUAUAGAUGCAUUUUUUAUGUCAUUCCAUUAUAUAAAAAUACGGGUGGCAUUGUAUAUUUCUAUCGACGUAAAAGUACGAGUUGAUCUGUUAAAAUCAUUGGUAAAAGAAGCGAAGAUGAGAUACGUGGUAUCGAAUUUUUGUAUCUGUUUUGAAUGAUGCAGAACAAGAUAGCGGAUGGGGGUAAUAGACUUAUCGCUACAGCUACUAUUUCUGCAAAAAAUAUAUGAGAAUUCCCCAACUACAGCUUCAAACGAUUGUCCAUUCCUUACCACCACUUGUUUGAAAACACUUACCAAAAAUGAUGUUUCAGCAGAGUACCACACUAGCUGGCUGGGUGCUUCGCCCUUUCACAUGACGCACAAAUCACGGCACGUGGUCAGCCUGCGAGUUGAGAUAUCGAAUAUAAAACUUUUGCGGAUGGCAAUUAGCAUACACUGUCUCAUUUGUCAGCGAAUUUCAGGUUUUCUCAUUUACAUAGCCUAGAUGGAAUUCAUCAUUGAUUGGAAAUCAAGCCAACAGCAGCCAAGCUACUCCAUGAUCUGUCUAGUGCAAAUAUUUCUAUCCUGAUAGUUGUGGCCUUUCUGCUAUCUUUCAAAGUCCAUAUAAUCAUAUGUUUCUAGCUGUAUAAAAAGACUGAUAAAAUAUGUCAUUUUUGAAAUCUAUGCGUACGCAGUACCUGAGAAGACAUUGAUAGAUAUAACCAUUGCAUAAGCGUCAUCCCACCAUUAAACCGGCCUUGGUGAUAAUACCAGAGAGUUUUUCGUUGCACUGACAAACUUGCAUAAAAAGCAUUGGGCGAUCAAACUGACGUCACAGCUGUCCCGAUGUUAUGUGGGAACCGCUAUGCAUUAAUGGCCGGUGCGGCCAUCUCGAAUAAAGGCGUUCAUACAAAGAAACUCGACGCCUUGUUAGCCUGUGUAUGGUACGGCAGAUAUUUUCUCCCUGUCUUAUAAUCAGCACUACACACAAACCUUAUAUUCUCAUCUGUUUGGUCCUUGAAUACUCGUCAUCUCAAUAAUAAAGCGCGGCUGGUCGUUUCACGCCCAACCGCGUCCCGUUUCAUCAAAGUUGAAGAGCUUUCAGGACCUUCG